CAAUUACACUCAGGAAACACAUUAACCACCUAGCAUGAAUAAAGGGAAGGAAACCAAGAGAGCCAUGAACGACGCCGCCGCCGUCGACCACCAGGAACUGAAGUACCGCGGCGUCCGGCGGCGGCCCUGGGGGAAGUACGCGGCGGAGAUACGGGACCCGGCCAGGCAAGGCGCGCGGCUGUGGCUGGGGACGUACGACACGGCGGUGGAGGCCGCACGUGCGUACGACAGAGCCGCAUUCAACAUGAGGGGACACCUCGCCAUUCUUAACUUCCCCAACGAAUAUUACUGGCAGGUGAUGAGCCCCACGACUCCACGCCCUCCUUCCACGUGGGACAAAGCUGGCGGAGGAGGGAGCAGCAGCUCGUCGUCGUCCGCCGGGGCGACGAUGAGGGGCAACGGCGGCGGCGGAGGGAAAGAGAAGCAGCAGGUGUUUGAGUUUGAGUACUUGGAUGACAGCGUGCUGGAUGAGCUUCUUGAAAAUUCGUCUGAAGAUGAGAAAAAACGACGAUAUCAAGGAUAACUGACGACGACGUUUCAGAGUUGACUACGUAGUAUGUACUGAUAAUCGUUAGAUAAUCAAAUGGGUUUAUGAGAGAGUAUGGACUAUUUUAGUUUGGUUUCUGUAGCUUAUGUAGAAUUUUGCUUCAUGUACAGUGAAUAAUACGCAGAAAUAUGG